ACUGUCCCAAUCGUAUUCUGUGGAAGAGAAGCCGGAAGACCCUCCGCCAGCUCACUCCAGGUUAAGCGAGAAGCUGAUUUCUUCUCCCAGCCCGCUUCUUGAGCCCCCGGAACCGUGGCGGCGGCGGGCAAAGCAGCAUUAAAAGCCGCGAGCACCAUCUGGGCCCAGGGACUCCUGCAGGGCGCUGAAGGCGCGGGUGCGGCGUCAGCACCACGGACAGCGACCCGCCCGCGGCCGUCCAGCCAGCGGCGCGCUUGAGCUCGUCUAGGCGAGGCCGCGAGCUAUGCCCGCGGCAUGGCCUGGAGCUCCGGCCCCAUGGCGCUGCUUCUCGGCUUUGGUCUCCUUCAGCUGUGCCCAGGGGUCUCGAGUACAGACACAGAGGAGCGGCUGGUGGAACAUCUCCUGGACCCUUCUCGUUACAACAAGCUCAUCCGCCCAGCCACCAAUGGCUCUGACCUGGUGACGGUACAGCUCAUGGUAUCACUAGCCCAGCUCAUCAGUGUGCAUGAGCGGGAGCAGGUCAUGACCACCAAUGUCUGGCUGACUCAGGAGUGGGAGGAUUAUCGCCUCACCUGGAAGCCUGAAGAGUUCGACAACAUGAAAAAAGUUCGGCUCCCUUCCAAGCAUAUCUGGCUCCCAGAUGUGGUCCUUUACAACAAUGCUGACGGCAUGUACGAGGUGUCCUUCUAUUCCAACGCUGUGGUCUCCUACGACGGCAGCAUCUUCUGGCUGCCGCCUGCCAUCUACAAGAGCGCCUGCAAGAUCGAGGUAAAGCACUUCCCAUUUGACCAGCAGAACUGCACCAUGAAGUUCCGCUCGUGGACCUACGACCGCACAGAGAUCGACCUGGUGCUCAAGAGUGAAGCAGCCAGCCUGGACGACUUCACACCCAGCGGCGAAUGGGACAUUGUGGCUCUGCCGGGCCGCCGCAACGAGAACCCUGACGACUCCACCUACGUGGACAUCACCUACGACUUCAUCAUCCGCCGCAAGCCCCUCUUCUACACCAUCAAUCUCAUCAUCCCCUGCGUGCUCAUCACCUCGCUGGCCAUCCUGGUCUUCUACCUGCCGUCCGACUGCGGCGAGAAGAUGACGCUGUGCAUCUCCGUGUUGCUGGCGCUCACGGUCUUCUUGCUGCUCAUCUCCAAGAUCGUGCCGCCCACUUCGCUCGACGUGCCGCUCGUCGGCAAGUACCUCAUGUUCACCAUGGUGCUCGUCACCUUCUCCAUCGUCACCAGCGUGUGCGUGCUCAACGUGCACCACCGCUCGCCCACCACGCACACCAUGGCGCCCUGGGUCAAGGUCGUCUUCCUGGAGAAGCUGCCCGCGCUGCUCUUCAUGCAGCAACCGCGCCACCACUGCGCCCGCCAGCGCCUGCGCCUGCGGCGGCGCCAGCGGCAGCGAGAGGGCGCCGACGCUCUCUUUCGCGAGCCUCCGGAGGCCGACUCCUGCACGUGCUUCGUCAACCGCGCGUCUGUGCAGGGCUUGGCCCGGGCCUUCGGGGCUGAGCCUGCGCUGGCAGCCGGCCCGGGGCGCGCCGGGGGCCAGUGUAGCUGCGGCCUGCGGGAAGCGGUGGAUGGCGUGCGCUUCAUUGCCGACCACAUGGGGAGUGAGGACGACGAUCAGAGCGUGAGUGAGGACUGGAAGUAUGUUGCCAUGGUGAUUGACCGCCUGUUCCUCUGGAUCUUUGUCUUCGUCUGUGUCUUUGGCACCAUCGGCAUGUUCCUGCAGCCCCUCUUCCAGAACUACACCACCACCACCUUCCUCCACUCAGACCACUCGGCUCCCAGCUCCAAGCUGUCCCCAACCGGUGAAGCAUGCCUAUAACCAGGACUGGGACACUCACUUGGGCUCGUGCGGAGGUCCGGACUGGUCGACCAGCUUGAAUUCAGCAGCAAAACCGUGGGAGCGAGAGUACUCUAGCAGGCCGCCCACAGGGUUGGUG